UUCCCGCGGGCGUCAUGGCGGAGGCGGCUCUGGAUGCUGUUCGGAGGGCGUUGCAAGAAUUCCCGGCGGCGGCUCGCGACCUCAAUGUACCUCGUGUUGUGCCCUACCUGGAUGAGCCUCCAAGCCCACUCUGCUUCUAUCGGGAUUGGGUGUGCCCCAACAGGCCCUGCAUUAUCCGAAAUGCUCUGCAGCAUUGGCCAGCCCUCCAGAAGUGGUCCCCCUCCUACUUAAGAGCCACAGUGGGCUCCACGGAGGUGAGUGUGGCUGUGACGCCAGAUGGUUAUGCGGACGCGGUGCGAGGGGACCGCUUUGUGAUGCCUGCCGAGCGCCGCCUGCCCAUAAGCCGUGUGCUGGAUGUGUUGGAGGGUCGGGCCCAGCACCCAGGAGUCCUCUAUGUGCAGAAACAGUGUUCCAACCUGCCCACUGAGCUGCCCCAGCUUCUGUCUGACAUUGAGUCCCAUGUACCCUGGGCCUCUGAGUCACUGGGGAAGAUGCCUGAUGCCGUGAACUUCUGGCUGGGUGACGCAGCUGCAGUGACAUCCUAUCUCUACACACCAGCAACCUACCAGCUGACCGAAGAGGGCACUUUUAGGGUGGUGGACGAGGAAGCCAUGGAGAAGGUACCCUGGACCCCACUGGACCCCUUGGCUCCAGACCUGACCCAGUACCCCAGUUACAGCCAGGCACGGGCCCUUCACUGCACAGUGCGGGCCGGUGAGAUGCUCUACCUGCCAGCUCUGUGGUUCCACCAUGUCCAGCAGUCCCACGGCUGUAUUGCUGUGAAUUUCUGGUAUGACAUGGAGUAUGACCUCAAGUACAGUUACUUUCAACUGAUGGACACCCUCACCAGGGCCACAGGCCUUGACUGAAGAGACCCUCAGACCCUGCAAAGGACAGUGGGGAUCGACAGGAUUAUUUGAUUCUGGAGGCAGCCUGGAGUUUGAAUAUGUCCUGGCUGCUGCCCAAGUUCCGGCCUGUGUUGAGAUCAGGCAUUGCAGGAACUUGGAAUUUAGUUGGAGGACCCGGUCUGGGUGAACAUGCCCAGGAAAUUGCCACACAGGUGACAAGGAAGCACGGAUCAGGUACUGCAGUGCCUCUCACCAGUGAGUCACUGCAUGUUAGCAUCAGUUGCCUGUAAAGUGGAGAUAAUAAUGGCUCUAGCUCCCAGAGCUGUGGGAAUUGGCAUGGGCCAACGUAGACGAAGCGGUCAAUAAAAGGUGACACUUGAUACACUUGUUCUCAUGUUCCCCGUCACAGUUGCUUUUGGUGGCCUGCUGACAUUUGAAGGUUCAGGAUGACCCUAACUGGGGGAGGCCUAAGCCAGAUCCACAUCUGGGAUACUACCCACAGCAGUUGUGUUAUAACUGGCUGGGUGGGACUUACUGGCUCAGUGCUAUCUCUAGCUGUGUCCCAGACUGUUUGUGUUCCCCCACCCCCUGCCCCCAGAUCCAGGGAAGCUGGGUCUGGAGCACCGAGGGUGACCCCUGUUGUAUAAAUAUAAAUAGGAAGGGACAGGAACCAUGUUCCUCCUGAGCUGUUCUCUGAGGAGAGAGUAGAUCUCCACCCUAGACUCCUUCGUCACCCUGCUGAAGAGCAGGGAGAGCCCCUACCCCCGCAUGCCAACCCACAGGCCUCAUCCCUAGCCACCCAGCUCCGGGGCGGGGCCGCCUAGCGUGGCUUUGAAGGGUUGUUUUAUGUGAAGGCCACGCCCCUUCAAAAUUGUGCUGGGGCCUGAGGUACUCUUCUGAGAUUGCCCAGGGCUCCGGUUCAGACUGGGGAUUCCUGUCCUACUGGCACUGGGAAGGAGAUUGCGAAAGGACCCACCGACAACGUGAUCCUCGGCUCCAGCGUUCACUGCUGUGUUGGGGGACCCCUGUCUGCUGUCCUGUUCAACCUCUAACAGCAAGAGGAGACCCCCCCCCCCNCCUCUCACUUAGGGCUGGCUGGCUAGCCUAGCUACCAACAACUGCCGAGAAUGGACUUCAGGGAGCCUGUGGCCAGCUCCAGGAGGUAUCACUGACUCCGGCAUUAGCUUAAGGUGUCUCACUUCCUGGGCAGGUGGCUAGGUCAGCAGUGGGCGUGGGGCUUGGUUGGAGCAGAGGAGUCUGUGGGAGGGAUCCAAGAGGAAUGUGUGGCCAGUUGGCUCACCUUGGCUCUGGGUUUAAAGCCGACAGUUGUUGGUUCUGUGGCCACUACCCCAUCAUUCCUGUUCCUGUGGACUUGGUCUCAUGGCUCUGGUAAGGCUCCAUAGAGCACUGGGCUCCCAUUUCUGACUUGGCUCCCCAUCCAGGGCCUGGUGGCUACUGUUUCUAUAGGGAG